AUGUUCAUGUUACGGGUUCUAGUUGCUAGCCUGCUUGCACUGCUUAGCGAUCCCUCCAGCUACUGUCCGGAGAUCAUGAUCAUCAUCCAGACGGGGCGCUUGUCUGAGGGGCACUUGAUGAACGUCAUGUUGCAGAUGUUGGUACUGCAUGGAUUCGACGAUGGCAAGGUGAAGGACCGUGCCGUGCAACUAAGACAAGUUUUGACUGCAGCAGCUUGCAUGGCAAGCGAUGAGAACAAGAAAGUGUGCCAGGCAUCAGCUGUGCUGUUUCAGUGCGUCGAAGAUAUGGUGGAAUCCAUGGACGAGUACGGCAACUUUCGCAAGCUCGUCGAGGUCCCAUGGGUUGAUUCGGUCCCGUAUUUCCCUGAGCUGGACAAGCGCGCUAUGCGAAGCCUCAAGAACGAUUAUUUUUCGGCUGCAAAUGGUGGCAGCCUCAUCGUGGCCAUUCUGAAUCGAGUACUUCCGGCUCUGAGGCAAUCGUAUGGUGCUGAUGGCGCCAUCUUGCUAUCUGCUAACAUGGCGGACGCCUACUUAACCGUUCCGCAAGACAAGCCAACCAUAGUUACGUUAGGCUAUGGGGGGUCGUAUGCUUUGGAUUACAUGUUACCGGGGCAACGUGCGGGUUCUAAAGGGUGGUUCAAUGCCUUCACAAUUUUUCUGGUUGAUAAUGCCGGUGCCGAGUUGUGGCGGGGCUGUGAGGCCCUUUAUCGCUUGAAGUCCCGUGAAGGUGAGCACGACCCAGUGCCCAAUGCGGGCAUGUUGCAUGUAGAUGACACCCUAGCGUCAGAUUUGCGGAACCGGCUUGAAAGUGUUCUUGAGGUGAUCAAAUCAAAAUACAAGGUGUCAGCAGAGAUGAUGAUUCAGGAAGGCGAUGAGAUCUUUUUCUUGAAACGGAAGCAUGUGCUUUCGAGUGAUGGUGUGCUGAUUAUUCGUCGUUCCACCAAGCAUUUGAGCAAGCUUCUUGAUAUGCUGGGACUUCAGAAUGCUGCCAUCAAGCGUACCCCACUUCCUUCGUGGAGCAACGAGAACCUUCGUGAUGACGGCGAAUGUUCGAACGACACUUGUGUGCGGCGGUUUCGCGCCACAAGUUUGUCUUCAGCUGAUCAAGCUACCUUCCGCAGUGCUGUAGGUGUACUUAUGAAUAUGAGCCAGAAUUGCGGCGACUUGCAAUUCGCUAGUCGACUGCUGUAUGCCAAGGGCACUGCAGGCUAUGCGCCAUCGAUGCCUGAGAACUUAGCAGAUUUGCAGACGAAAGCUCUGAAAGCUGAUCGUAUCCGGAUCGUGCUGCAAUCAGUUCCGCUGUGCGAGCGGUUCGCGCGUACAGAGGUCCCGCUUCAAGGCUGCCGGGGAGACACCUUGAGCGGUUACGGCCUCCUCGGCUUUGCAGUUUUCGCAAUCUUUUGCAUGAUCAUGUGGAUUGUUUUGCGAUUUUGCCGUGCACAUGUGCCUGCUGAUGAGAUCCAGCCUGAGCUUGAGCCAGAUGUGUCAGACCCUGGCGGGGACAGCAGCAGCGAGUCCUCUGAUGUUCAUGAUUCCACCGCUGCCGGAUCCAACGAUGUGCCUGUGACGGCAAUUGUGCCGGUGCCAAAGCAGGCUCCAGCCCUGCCUCCAGCAACGGUCACCGUUCGCCAUGAUCCGAAUGAUUUGUUUGUGUACUAUACGCAGUAUGGCGAGUGCAUGCAUUCUUUGAGGGAUUGUCGUGGACUUCGCAGUGCCCGCCGAAUUUUCGGAGAUCCGCUUCAUGUUGUGCUUCGCGUACGGAUGCUUUGGCGGGGUGUUUGUGAUUUACGUGCCCACUGGGACUGCCUGUGCGGUGUAAAGUUCUGGCAACCCUGUGAGCGAUUCUUGCUAACCGCUACGGACCUCGCCAUGGUGCCAUUAUUGGAAUGGGCGGCAGUCGUGUUGGCGCGGUUGAUCUGUUCAGGCAUCUCACCGACAAUUCCGGGUCGAGUGACCCUGUAUUUCGGAUCACGUGCUGCGCCCUCCGGGCAAGUCGCUGGUGGUGUCAAGUUGCGCAACUCAGCAGGUGUGGAGACAGUUCAGAACUUUGAGCUGCAAUGUGCUCCUCCGGAGCCUCUGGAUCCUUCGCUGAUGACAGCUGCACAGUGGGCAACAGCAAUCAUAGAAGGAUGCAGCUCUGGCGUGGCCAAAGGCCGGAUGAUUGGCGACAGCUCUUCGAAGAUCACUUGUUACAAGCACUACCCGGACAUCGAGGCUCUGGACUCUGAGGUGCGCAGCAACCUUCACUUCCUGGCCGUGGGGGAGACGAACGGUGCAGCUACUGACCUUGUCCCUUCUACAGCUGCAGGCUUAGUCAGGAGCUUCUGGGUGGUGCCCAUCGACGGAAUCUCAACUGGGUGGUGGGCUAUCAGUCAAGCGCUGGACGGACCGCAGCCCGUGGAGCCGUGUCCGGACCUGAUCAGGGGGAGGAAUUCUCGUGAGAUGUAUCCCUGUUCUGUGGGGCUUUCUGGCCGUUGGUGGUGGUUCCAUCUUUCCCCUUCUGGUGCUGGCAAAGGCUGCAGUACUCCCGUCAACUCCAACAAGAACCGGAAGUCUGAUAUCAAGAGCAACAACGUUGCGACUUUCUGCUCCAGCGCCCCCGACGGCUUCCUUUGCCCCAUUGUGUGCAAGAACCGUCGGAGACCUUUGGGAGAGGUCCAGUGUGAGGAUGGUUUAUGGUCCAUCACCUUGAAGUGCCGACCUGCCGAGAAGGUCUGCUUAUCUGGCGUGUCACAGGUGUAUGUUGAUAAGGAUGGGCAGAGUCUGCAGCUAUCCGGCAUAAUUCCAGACGGGAGAUCGGAAUGUGACCUCUUCACCCGAAAGGGAAAGAAGUGUGGAGCCCUCUGCGCCACGCGAGGCGAUGUCUCAACGGGGCAGGUCAAGUGCAGAAGAAGUGGCGGCAGACCCGCCGCAUGGGAGGCACUGCGAAGCUUUCAGUGCCAACCGGCCAUCACGGACGGGCUGGUGAACCAACCCAGGAUCUUCUCUUUCCAGCCCGGCAGCGGCAGCCUUCAGAUCAUAGCGGACCUGGUCAGGGAUCCCUCGAAAGUGUUGUCUCCAGUGGAGAUGUUCUAUUUCCGGGAUCCGACUGGCACAUUGACCUGUACCACCGCGCAGAAUGUCCUGGAGCUGACGAGGAACAGCCAAGAUGACGAGCCCGACGAGCCGGACGAGGACCAGGAAGAUGAGGGCGCAGAGGGCGGAUGGGAUUCCUGUGAAGCCGACUCAGAUUUCGAGCUCCAGAGCGGCCAGUGCUUCCCGGACAUCGCUGAGGGCGGCGAGUGCGCAUCUUGCUCGGGCCUAGAUCUGGAGAAUCGGGAGUGCUGGUCCAACAGCACCCGCAGUCGUGACUGUGGCAACAACCCACGAAGCGGCGACUACCUGAGCUGCACCUUCACUGGUCAAUUUGCAGGGAAGGCAGAGGUUUGCUUUGCGAAGCCGCCAGAGGGCUUCUGUGUGAAAAAGGUCUGUGCCAUGCACGGCAACCAAAAGUCAUGCAGGUCAUACAACCCUCCGAGCUCUGCGCAAUUCUGCGCCGGGCAGGUGGAAAUCCAGGAACCCAUCGACCAUGUGGUGAUUCGCUACGCUUGUUGCAACCCAAAUCUUGUGACUGUCAUGGGCAGCUGCGGUGGUGGCAUCUACAGUUCUGGACGAAGACUGCAAAGCGAUCCGACCGCCAACGUUCAGAUCAUGCCAGGUGCAGAGAACCGCGCUGGCACCUCCUGGGGACUCCCUGCACCUGUUGCGUGUGCUCCGAUAUCCCUGGCCAAUGAGCUCAACAAAGAUCAAUAUGAGAUUCCCGAGAAGUGUUCCCGUCUGAUGCCUGGGGAGAGCUGCGAAGUGGGCUGCAGCUCCAACUACAUCUUGCAAAGGAAGCCAGACCAGGGGAUCUUUACCUGCGAUCUUGGGAUGGACAGGCCACCUACCGGCACCUUCCCCGAAUGCAAGCUGAAGCCGACUGGGCAGAACGUGGUUGCUGGGCUCAAUGCCCAGCAGGCGCCCACAACGACUACAACGACCAUACCAGCGCUCUGUCAGGCCUGUGUGGAUAUUGGUAACUUCAACGACGCGCGCUUCGAGCAGUGUCGGUUUUGGGGCGACCCGCACAUCACGAAGAGCUGGCGACCCAAGUCGCGGUUCAACUUCCAAGACACGGGCAUCCAUCGCUAUGCCCGCACGAACCAAUGCGCCGGGAACUUCGAGAUCCACGUCUUCCAGUGUCAGUACAACAACGGGAGGAAUGCAGUUGCCACAGGGGUUGCUGCCAGGAUGAAUGGGGGCGAGACCAUUUUCAUCAGCGAUCGCCGCGUUGAAUCCAGUGGAGGCAUAUACGUUGAGCCAGACGCUGGGGCUAUCUUGAACGACAAGACGGGCGUGAAUGUGCAGAGUCAGGAUGAGUGUGUCUUCUUCAAUGUGAAUGUGAAGCAGAUCACCAAACAGCCAGGCUUCCUGCACAAUUUCAAGCUGAGUAUGUUGGCGGAGGACAUUACUGCGGAUGGCAUUUGUGGAGCUAUUGAUCUCAAAUCCCAGUACAUUGACCCGAACUCCUCGCAAAUGAUCUUCACGCCGCAGCAGCACGAGUACUUGUGCAACCAGUGCAUGGGUGCAGGUGCCACUCCACCUCGCGGCUGCGUGCCGGACUCGAGUUCCCCGGCGCCAGCAGCAGGGAGCCUGCCACCAGGCUGCGAUUUCGUGGCGCCACUGACCGGCACCGAUCAGGUGUGCACAGCAGACGAUGACCCACGUUACGCCCAGCUGGAGGACAAUAGUCAGAAUUGCGUGGUCUAUGCUGUUCUGAGAAGGAGAAAGAGCUGCAAUGACUUCUGCCAGGAGAGGGGCAGCAUCUGUGUGGACGCCAAGGACAAUUAUAGACGGCCUUGCGUACUUGACGAGGGCAAAUACCAGGCUGGAGAACGGUGCUCCGGAAAGUCACUGAAUGACGUCAUGUGUGUUUGUCGGAAGCCGGACAACCCGGAGCCUGGCACGACAGCCAUCGAAGCCUGCACAACCGGCGAUGUCACUCUUCAGCAGGCAGAGGCCCUCUGCAAAGCCAAUGACUUCCUCCAGGGUGCCGCCUGGCCCCCACGCUAUGAGGAGCCCGGGCUUGUGACCACCACCGAGCAGGAUGAGCUGGAUGACAUGCUCAAGGACUGCAUGAUCGACGCCUGCAGUGGAGGUACGGAAGAUGCCGCCAUCUUAGCCCAGAACCUGGUUACGGAAAACCCGCAGGUGCCGGUGCGGUCCUGUGCUUUUACUGAAGGGAGGCAAUAUGAAGUGGGCAGCGGUGCGUAUCCCUGCAGCUGCGGAGGAGUGGAGUGCCAGAUCGGGGAGGUAUGUGUAAUCUCCAAUGACACAGGCAGCUGCGAGCUCCUCACUACCACAGCAACGGUGACAACGUUUACAGUGACUUCUUCUGCGACGAGCACCAGCAGUACCAUCAGCACGUUCACAUCCUCUUCUACAACGAGGACACUCACGCGCAGCUCUACCACGACCCUCACGACAUCCAGUCUGUCAACUUCCUCAACUUCCAGGACCUUGAGUAUCACUUCUACGACUUCACUCUCAGCAACCGGCACUACGUCAACCUCGACGACGUCCGGCACGUCAAGCUCUACCACAGCCACCGGAACCUCGACAACAACCACUUCCAUCUCUAGUACUGCCACAUCUACGAGUGGGACGUCUAGCACCACAGAAACCAGCACGAGAAGCUCCACAAGCAAAACCACCUCUUCCACCUCCUCCGCAACCUCGACAGCAACCACCGCAACGGUCACCACGACAAGUUUUACAUCCACCCAAUCCGAAACCACAGUGACUUCGACUUCAAGCACCGCCACAUCUGUGACCGCGUCUUCCACCUCCUCUACAACGGCAAGCACUAGCACAACAACGGCUACAAGUACUUCCACGAUCACGGUGACGUCUUCAACCACGUCCAGCAGCAGCAGUGCAACUUCCAGCAGCUCCUCUUCAACAGCGACCUCAACGACCAGCACAUCCUCCACACGCACCUCCUCGUCGAGUUCUUCCACUAUCACAUCUUCUACCUCGACCUCAUCCACAAGCACUACAAGCUCGAGCUCGUCCUCUUUAUCAUCUACGACAUCAACGACUGUAACAAUGUCAAGCACCACAAGCACCGGCAGCACAACUUCUGCAACUUCGACGGUCACCACUAGUUCGACUUCCACCAGCACUUCGUCCACUUCAUUGACGUCCACUUCAUUGACAUCGAGCAGCUCAACAAUAUCAACCACAUCUCUCACACAGACCUCCACCACUAGCACCACGGCCACAACGACGCAAACGUCCACAACAUCAGCGUCGUCAACCUCCAGCAGUGUAACGGGCACGACCAGCAGCAGCACAAGCAGCUCCACAACUGGAACUUCCACAUCAAGCUCCCUAUCUUCUACCAGCUCAACGCUGUCAACCAGCACGUCCGCAACUGCCACCACAACUUCCAGGUCCAUGACCUCUUCAACAAUAACAACGCUGACAAACACAUUGACAGGAACCUCCAGCACGAUGACGAGUUCCAGCACCAGCACCACGUCUUCUACAGUCACUACCAGUGUGACCUCAACAUCAACUCGAUCAAUGACGGGAACAUCCACAACCAGUCGCACACAUAGUACCACUACUAGGACUGUCACAACCACCUCAGCAAGCACGACGAGUUCCACCACCACGAUCACGGUUUCAACCACCUCCACCUCGGCGACGACUUCUACUUCGCGUACAAGGACUUCAUACACGACGUCAACAACAACAACGAGUGCUACUGUUACCUUCGUCAACACCCUGGCGUGUGGCCCUUGGAAUCCCUCUGGCGGAGGUGUUGUUCUUGAGUGGGACGGUGGAGACCUGUCCGUGGAUCUCCUCAACGAUGGCAACGGCUGGGAGUGGAGGGUCGACAUGCGCAAGCAAGGGGAAGGCAAUGACUGGUUCUUUGUUGGUCACUGCUCAGACUUUGCGUUCACCUCCUGCGAAGUGUGGUGUCUGGAACCUGGAGCGACAUACGAUGUUCGAGUUCAGCUGGCAUCAACAGUUCCAGAGCUGAUGAUCUACGACAUCUUCCUGAGCGUGGUCCGCGUGCCUUACAUACGAGCAGGUAUGCCUGAGGACUUGACGGUCCUGGAACCCAUGUCCAGCUCACUGCUGAUAUCCUGGAAUGCAUCGAGCCAGCAGGGAAACUGCACUUUUCGAGCCUGGCAAGUUGAGAUCCGCGAUCCCAGUGGUGCAUGGACAAAGGACCCUCCUGCGUGCACGUCCCUGAGUUCCUUCGACGAGCCUUCCUGUACAAUCAUCAACUUGCCCUGCCAAACGGCUCACAUCAUCCAGGUCCGUCAGCUCUGUUGGAAUGACGAGUCGACGUCGGAAUGGAGCCGGCCCAUUGCAGGAAGCACCUUAGUAACCAUUGGGCCGAACUGCCUGCAAGCUGCCACCCUGCCAUCAAGCCUGGCCGCAACUUCUCCAGCCGAAGGACGGUUGGACAUGAGCUGGACAGCUGGGUCGCAGGAGGAUUCCCAGUUUAUCACGUGGAACGUGGAGCUCUACAAGACCACAUUUGCCGGCGGACAACCCGACCCAGACGCAGAGAGGCAGAUCGACGGCGUUUGCCAAGGACUGCUUGAUCGCACAGUGACCACCUGCGAAAUUGCAGGUCUCAGCUGGGGGAUGUACAGCUUUGCGGUCCAGGAAGUCAGUUCUCUGCCUGCAACUAGCUCGCCUCUCAGCGCUAUCAGUGGCGCGACCUGGGUGGCCCGGAUUCCGGCUGUUGCGCCGACUGCAGUCGUGUUUGGCGAAGCCACCCAAACCAGUUUGCAAGUAUCCUGGACCAACAGCCCACUGGAGGACUGCAUCUUCCAGCGGAAAGUUGUGGAGAUUGCAGCGAACGGCAGCGAUUUUGUGGCACCGGCUGGCUGCAACUCCAUCACGGACUUGGCCACCACUAGCUGUGUGGCAACAGGCCUACAGUCUUGGACCACCUACACGGCGCGGGUCGCCGUGCUUUGUGACGACUGUAGCGAGACACCGACCGCUCAGCGUGUGCCUUGCAGCCCGGAGGAUGGCCCAGACGAUCGAUGCUUGAUACCGGUGGCUGGCGGCUUUACGCAAUGCUUCCGGAAGCUGGCGGCCCUCAGGGCGUCGAGCAACUACUCCUCGCCGAGCCAGCCAGCAACCACAUUGCCGAGGCGGGAGGCGACGCCGGUCUCUGGGACAGUGCAGGUGCCGACCGACUCUGGUCAGCGCGUCACGCUCGAGUGGGUUCCAGGUGUGGGCUCAGCGGGCAGCCCUAACAUCAGCUCAGACUGCGUCUUCCAAUCCUGGUUGGUUGAAAUUCAGAUCCAGAGCGAAAGCGUCUGGGCCAAGCCGGAGGGGUGCCUAGACCUCAUCGAUCCAACGGUCACGACUUGUACGGCCAUAAACCUUCAAUGCGACACGGCCUACAACGCUCGGGUACGAGCGAUUUGUACAUCGGCCCCGGCGAGCAGUGAUUGGAUUGCCUUCCCAGCCUUCCGCACGGCUUACGCUGGCAAUUGCUUGCGACCGGCAUCUCCUCCAUUGCUGAUCCGCAACACGAGCCGCACUGCAACCAGCAUCACUGUGGGGUUCAUCGCUGGGUCACCCGGGGACUGCGUCUUUGACCGGUUCGAGCUCAUGUACCGGGAGCUGAGCGCUACGACGUGGACACUGGCGCCGGCCACCUGCGGCUCCCUUGCCGUACGGCUCGGUCCCAGCUGCACCAUUUCCAAUCUGGUCCAGGACACGGCGUACACCUUCUCGGCCAGAGAGCUCUGUACGAACGGCGCGCCCUUGGCCUCACCUUGGGGACUGACCGAGGAGGCUAUCCGGACGGACUUGGUGCCAGCCGUCCAGGCGCCGUCCUUCCUGGACCCCAAUGGCUUCAUCUCACCCUCAGAGCCGCCAACGAGGCUCAUCGUCAUCUUCGAGGUGGACCUUAAGCUCGGGGAUCCGACCACCACGUUAAGUUUGUGUCCAAUGCUGUUGCCAAGCGCAACGCCCGAAGAUCCUGGCAUCUGCAACUGCGGCUCUGCGGAAGACUGCGCCGCCCUAUGCCUCACACAAGCGAACAUGCAAGUGGAGCUGGUGAGCUCCCGUGUGCUCAUGGCUCAGUUUGGAUCCCUGCUCCGCCCGCUGACGGGUUGCCCCUACAUUGCGCUCAUGGAGGCCGGGUUUCUGCAGACGCAGCUGGCUCCCAGCCGUCCUUCGCCAAGGACCGAGUGGAGCUUCAUCUAUUGGCCGCCCAUACCCAGCGGCACUCUGAGCUUGUUCAGCAGCACGGUAACUUCGCUCACCGUUCGGGUCAUCUGGAGCAUUCCAAUGACGACAACCUGUGGAGUUCUAGUUGGCUCCAGCACAAUGCAGCAGACCGACCCUCUCGACUUCACGGGAAGUCGUGAGUUCCUCGAAGUUCGAAUCACUGGCCUUACGCCUUUCACGCAGUACACGGUGAUUUGUACAGGGAGUGCCAUUGGUGACCCUGUGGUGACUGCCACUGUGUCAGAAAGCGGGUUAUCGACCGCACCGGACACCAACGAUCGACUCUCUGACAUUAUCGUCAGUGUCCAGGCCAUAUGCCCUGUCGUCAACACCGUGAACAACUCCACGAAUAUUUCUGUCGCGAACGUUUCCCAAACGCUUGUUCCCCUCGUGGCUGCCUUUACCCCAGUGUUUGAUCCUCUAGUUCGCCAUUACCAGCUGGUCGUGGAUGCUGAGGAUGUACGCGACCUGUGCAGCGCGAGCGACGUUGAAGCCAUCUUCAGGAUCGAGGUGGGUGCUGUCACGCAGAGCGCCUUUGCCACUGCAUCUGUUGACCAACCUGUUCAAAUCUUGGUCCAGCCACUUCCGGACGCGACCGGUUUCCUUCCACCUGAAGUUCCGCGGAGUCGCUUCAGCCAGGUGCGGCUCACUGUGGAGCCGCCACAGCAGGGACAAACCUUGCCGCAAGACUACAUCUUGGAUGUAGUGGUAGGUGUUCUGGAUGUCCGCUUGGAGUCGACUGACAUACCGACACUCCUGUUAGCUGAUGCAUCGUCUUCGGCGGAGUUUGUCAUCUCAGCACCGCGUGGUCUGGAGGCUUCCAGCCUCGGGCUUCGCAUCGGUCCUUUCCCACAGCUUCUGGGCCUCGCGGGUGCGGAGAACUACACUGAGAAUUUCCUUGAAAGGACCCGCUACAACUUCAGCGCCGCCAACCUGGUCGGGCUCGGCAGUCAGUUAACCGUCAUGAUACUGGUGCAGCCACCGCCCGGGAGCAACUUCCCGACCCUCGAAGUUCGCACCAUCUUCGUGGUCAGCUUUCAGCAGCCAACGGUGACCUCAAUUGAAACCAACAUGAUCAACAACAGCGUCUCCUUGGUGCAAAGCACCGUGAUCACUGUGGUGGGGAACCACCUGGCUGUCCCAGAUCAAUUCACUACUGAACCUUUGAGCGUCGAGAUCUUCGUAGCUGGUGUACCAGCAAACUGCACAACCUCCGACUGCCAAGAGCCUGCGCUGCAAGCCCUUCUCGAUGCCGGAGAGAUGAGUCUCUGUUCGGACCUCGUGGUCGUUUCCACCAGUACCUGUACAUGCAGCAUGGAGCCCACAGCCCACGCACAGCUUGCCAUUUGCCUCGUCCUUCGGACCGGCUUCUUCGCUGGCCGGUACUGCGCGGCCUUCGGCCCCCCGGGCUCCCUUCGGCCCGGCCAGCCUGCGGUUGGAGGCCUGUCGCAGCCAGUCCAGGACAUGUCCUCCUCGGAGCCCUUCAUAGUGAUUGUGGAUGGUGACCUUCCGUGGGACAAUGUGUCACAAGGUUACCUCCAGGUCUGGGCCACGCCUUUGUCCGAUGUGCCUGCAGAUGUCUCAAAUCCAGGCAGCGGUUAUCAGCCGCUUUGCUCCCAGGCGGUCCGCACGGACAACAACACCAUCCAAUGCUUCCGAACUCAGAACUUCAACAUCUCUCAGCUCGGAAGUUGGUCGAACGUCUAUGUGCAGAGUGGGCCAGAUGCCACCUCGACAAACAUUGUUGAGCGGGCGCUUCAAAUCAAUCAGCCUCGUAUCUUCCAGAUCACUCGCAGCCAUGAGUUCGAAGUGGGUGCUCUGGAAGUCACCAUCCAGGGGGAGCACUUUGGCACUGAGGCGAAUGGCAACAUGGUGGUGCAGCUGGAGACAUUUGGGUCAAACACGACGGCGGUGCCGGAUCUGUCCCUCGCCGAAGACCUCGGGCAGCCGACUCAUUCUGUAAAUUGCCAGAUCACCGACCACCAGGACAAGGAGGUGCGUUGUCGCGUUGAGGAUCAAAGUCUUUUCGGCGCCGAGGUUUCGGGCGAAUACUACAAUGAGACCAUUGAAGUGGACGAGGGCCGCCGUCUGCAGGAAGGAGAGCCUUUGGACCUGGAAAGGUUGGCUCUUCGGCUGUCGCAGCUGCCUGUGGCCUUUUCGGUCUUUUAUGAGCUGGACUGCAGCAUCUUGGAAAGGCUCAAUGAGACCUGUGGCAGCCGUCCUCAGAAUUUGUCUGCCCUGACGAGGGAAUGGCAAGCCGUCCGGCUGAAGCCUUGCCCCGCCGGGGAACGGCGAAGCAGCUACACGGGCACCGAUUGCAUCCAAUGCGUCCCGGGCAAGUUCAAAAGUGGUGUGGGCCCGGCGUUGACGUGCAACACGUGUGAGAUCGGCUUCUACAUGGGUCUUUUUGGCGCAGGUGCGUGCACGGUGUGUCCAGAACAUGAGACAACCAACAUCACGGGUGCUACCAGCAUAAGCUCAUGCGACUGUAUGCCUGGCUACUUCCGCACCAACAGCGGGGCCGAUUGGGAGCUCGCAAGCAACCAUGGCGUUUGUCGGGCCUGUCCAGCCGGGGCCAUUUGUGAGGGUGGGCCGAUGCUGCCAUACUCCGAGUCUGGGUACUGGACACCGGACAGGCUUAUCUUUUGGCCUUGCUUUCCGUCCCAUGCGUGCCUUCAAGGAGAUGAGCUGGAUCCAAACCGCUGCGAAGAAUCUCGCGAUCCCGCGUCCGUCCGGUGCGGGCACUGCCGCGCCGAUGCCUUUGCGCAUCUAAGUGAGUGCUACCUUUGCGGCACUGUGGACCAAGCGAUCUCUUGGGCGGGACCCUUCCUGGCUGUCAUAUUUCUGGUCUUUGUCUUUUUAGCGGCCUUGAUCCGCUCACUUCGAUCAAUGGACAUGGACCACACAAAGAUCCAGCAUCGAAUGCUCGAGAAGCACUCCUGGCUAGGUCGCCUUGCCGAGUCUGAUCAUGGCGAGUUCCGCAUGGUCAUCGUCAUGUUGACCUCUUUGCAAACGCUGUGGACCGUCUCCCUGAUGCCGCUUCCCUACACGCGAUUCACGAAAGACUGGCUUUGGACGUUGGGCAUUGUGGCAGCCGACAUGUCCAUCCUCCGGCCUCAAUGUGCCUUCAGGCUCUCCUACUUGUCGAAGUGGAUCCUGCAGUGGGCGACCUUCUUCAUCGUCGUGGUGGUGCUGAGCUUGGGCAUGCUGGCCUAUUGCCUCCACCAUAAGAACCGGACGAAAGACGUCGGAUACAUCAGCCCAAAGCGCGGCUUUAUGGGCGUAAUCUCUGUCACGAUGAUGCUGUUUCUACUCGUUCAUCUUCGUGAUGAUCUGGUCUUCCUCAGCUGCAUCCCUUGCGAGCAUGACAAGCUCUGUCUGGCCUUCCAGCCCGUCAUUGAGUGUUCCGUCAGAAACUGGGAGUGGCUGACGAUGAUGGUCCUGUCCAUCUUGGAUCUGACCUUCAUUGUCCUACUCUCAUUGCCGGUGAUCGCAAUCUGCAUCUACGCCUCCUGGAAGUGGCAGCACGGGAAAUUGCAUGGCUUGGCGGAGGAUUUCACUGCUCCUUGGUAUGUUUUCUUUUCAGAGUUCUGGGUGAAGCGACACCGGGGCUACAUCCAAGAAGUCCGCGAGGCUGUGCCAGAGUUUCAGAAGCUCUUCAUGACUGACGACAUUGCUGCGGCUUCAUCCAAGGAGGUGUGGCACAGGGCCAUCGACCUCAUCCUCGCCCAGGAGGCUGAGAAGGCCGAUGCAUUGUUGCUGCGGGUCAUCUCGCACAUGUACACGCACAGCGAGCGCUUCAAGAUGAUUGAUGAAGAUGAAGGUCCCGCGUGGGAAAUCAUCCGCUCAAUCAGGGGUGCCAUCCGGGACAGAUGGACUCGCAGUACAGCGCUCAGGGUCCGCACAGAACCGUCUUCUCGCAGCGGUGUGACCUCCGAGGUGAGCGCUGACCGCCCUGUGCCGCCUGAGACAGAAUCUGCCGUGGCAACAGUGGCGACGGACCGGCUGAUCCCCAUGGAGGAGACUGCACAGGUUCAGCGAGUACUCCCUGAUGAGCCAAUUGCUGAACCCGAGGAACCGGAGAAGUUGAAGGUGUCAGAUGUUCACCAUGUAAAGCUCACACUCGACAACCUGCUCGACUAUGCGAGGUGGUCGGUGCCUGGUGCCCGCGCCAUUAAGCGAGUGUUGUCGUACAGUUGGACUUUCAUCCUUCUCAUUGCCAGAUUCGUGAUCACAAUCUACGCCAUGCUGAUGCGACGAGAUCAAUCAGAGGUGCCAUUGGUGUACCUCCUCGUCACACUGACGUAUGUAAUCCUCGGCGCGAGUUUGCAGCCCUAUGUCUGGGCAUUCCUGAACGACUGGGAAGUUGCUGUUCACGCUCUGAUUUACGUGUUUCUCGUGUUCGUGAUUUCUGGCUGGUCCGACUUCGCCAGUGACGUGCUGGUGGUCGUAGCCACCAUGUCAGCCAUCGUGCCCGUCGUACUUCGUGUCGCGGUCAUCUUCUGUGGGCAGGACAAGGAAGACCCGGACGAAGAUCCCACCGUCACACAGUUCUCUGCCACCUACAACCUCGAGCGCUUGGGGCUGUCUGAAGGAACUAGCAUUUCACGGGCUUCCUCUGCUGUCGCCCCGAAGUCAACCGGAAGAUCCAUCCAAGAUGCCGGGCGCCACAGGGAGCAUGUCCGGAACUACAUCGAGUUGGUGAAGCAGCAGAAGUUCAGCGUUGUCGCGUCCACGGUCGAUGAGGAUGGGCAGGAAAUUGCGGCUGCCAGCAGCACGCAGGCUCCUGCAGAAGCCACAGGUGCUGGAAUAGCUGAUGGGCGCGACUGGGGCGGAAACGCGGAUAGCAGGGACCCCGGCAUCAUGCAUAUGAUCAAUAACGUUUGUACUCACCACGCCGAUCGUUUGUCGCUGACCGCCAUGACCAUCACAGAAGAAAUCGCCUACCUCCCGUCCUUUGCGUGGGGCCUGGUCGAGUGUUUGCGAUCGGCUGCCGUGGACAUCCGCAUACAAAGCAAAGCGUGGUCGACGUAUACGAAGCUCAUGGCUAGUACCACGCUUCUCUGUUUCUACCAGCUCGCGGCGCGGAUUCUCAUGGACAGCCUAGCCCACGACUACGUCAACGGUGUAAACUUAAACGAUCCGAUGGCCGUCCUUGGCUUCGUGACAGGCAGCACCCUGUCCUACAUCGUGCAGUGCCGGCUUUUUGCAUAUGCCGACCAUAUCAUGGGCAGCAACCGCCAAGGUUGCUGCCGGCGGCGCCAGGACAACCCGGCCCAGUCUGCCGGAUUUCAGGAUCGGCCGUUCGAGCCUCCUCGGGCUGCCUCUGCCUGCGUUUGGGUCGCGGCGUGCCUGAUUGGGCUGCGCGCCUAUCACAGUGGUGUGCUGCUGGCGGGCUACGGGGCGCCCCACUGGCUCUCCACCUUAGCUCGCUUCUCACGCAUUUCCUACCGGUUCCUGAUGGCCGUGGCCCACUUCCUGCGGGCGAGUGCGUACUUGGAACAUCCUCUGAACGAACGCCUCAGCGCACAGAUGAGGAGCAACAUGGCCACCCUGAGCCAGAUGAUGGUGGUCGCGAUCGUUUUGGGCACCUCCACCGACUUCCUCGUUGUGGCGAGAGGGGUGGUGCAGCCAGACGUCUUCUCUCAGGAUUUCACUGAUGCCGAGAUGGACACCUUAAACGACCUCUUCACUCAGUGGUUGCCCGUCACGCUGAUCAUCACCGGCACGAUCGACAAGCGGGCUCCCCAGCAAACCAUGAACGACCUCCGGGCCUGUGGCUUCAACAACGGCCUCGUGCUCUUCUUCCUCUACCUGGGCACCUUCCUCUUCGGGGCCUGGGGCGCGCGCGCCAUCCUCUUCGCCUCUUCCCCGGCCGGUCGGGAGGUUGCGGAGCUCGGCGGGGGUGCGCUGGCGCUGGCCAAGGGUGGGGCGGGCAUGAUGUACUUCGCCAUGCCAGCUCUCUUCGUGACGGUCCUCCCAUUCAUGGUGAACCUUGUGAACAAGGCCGCCAAUGUCUCUGUUCCCAUGUGGCCCGGUGAGGGCCUGACCUUCAUCACAUACCAUCGGAACGCUGCACACCUCUUUGUGUUGGCGGUGAUCUUGCAUGCUGCCGGCCACAUAUGGUCCUUCGUCAAGGCCGGGAGCAUUGAGAAGUACACCACCAUCCUCUGGAAGGGGAACGCGUACGCCUGGCUUUGGCCUUGGGGAACUGGUGUUCUGAUCCUUCUCCUGGGCCUCAUCCUCUACAUCUCCUUUUGGGCCAUGAAAAGGCAGUGCUACGACUUCUUCAUCCGCAAUAAGCGCGUGUUGGGGUCGCUGCUCCUGGUGCUUGCGGGCCUGCAUGGCUUCACUGCCAACUUUGGUCCGCCCCGGCUUUGGUGGUUCAUGUCCCUGAUCCUCUUUCUGUGGGUCAUUGACCGGACCGUCAAGCGAUCCCGGGCCAGCCAGAUCAGCUGCAGCCAGCGGAUCCUCAAGAUGCUCAAUGCCCAAGGUCAGUUCAACGGAGCGAUCCUCGUGUUGCGCUCAGAGGACACCUUUGUUGAAGCCGAGCCGGGUGCGGUGCUGCUGCAGGUGGUGGGCGUGAAUGGCCGUCAUCCGCUGACGCAGAUCGCGUAUCCAUCACCCAGCCGGCGCAAUCGCUGGCAGGUGGAGUACCACAUCCGACUGCAGCCGAAUGCCGAGAAGCAGAACUGGGCCCACCGCCUGUACGACCACGCCCGCGCGCGAGAGGGCACCGAGGAGCCGAUCCACCUCGAGGUGGCGGGGCCCAUGAACACCCUGGGCACCUUUGGUCAGGAGGAGCUGCUCAAGGACGUCCAUCGCCUGCUCUUCGUGGCCAUCGGUGUGGGCUUCACCGGCUGUGUGCAUCCCAUGUUCCACGCCCAUGAGGCCGAGAUACCACCGGAAGCGAUGCGGCUUUGUAUCCGGACCCCCUCCCCGGAGUACGCGGACGCUGUGGAGCCGGUUUGCGCAGCCUACGGCCUGCGCCGGGGGGAGCAACUGCGGAUCUCCAUCAGCGAGGACUCGUCACAAGCGAAGCCGGACGAGAGACAGAGCCGGUCCCAGUGGGGGAAAAUGCUCACUGGUGAGGUGGACGCCUUGUCCAAGGGCGGGGGUGGGCUGGUGCUCCUCUUCUGUUGCGGGCCAUCGCCUGCAGUGCAAGGCGUUCAGAAGUUGUUCCUCGAUGACAUGCGCGUUCGCAUGAUCGCUGAAGCCUUUGGCUGA